AUGUUUGAAUCUCCCUCUCCAGAGCCAAGCUCACAGGAACCGGCAACCACUUCAACUGCACCUGCCCGAGGUUCAUGGCUCACUACACCUAACGACGAGCCCCCUCAGGAGGAAUUCGCCUUCGCAGCCCCUCCACCUCGUGGUAGCAACCUCGCAUUUUGGUCACAUCGGCCUCCUUCUUUCGUGCCUCAGCAUAUCCCACCACAUCCAGGGCCUGCUACCCAAAUCCCCACCGGAUGUCAGCCUCCAGCUCUUUCCACAGCUCUGCGCCCCCAGAGCCAGAACUUUACCGCUCAUGAGAGUCCUCCUGUUUCACAUCACGAGAGCUUUCAAGGCCGCCUUCACUCGUGUCCCCAAGACAGCACUCCCGAACAACCCCAGAGCUAUCAUCACGAGGAAAGCCCUUCUACCACGGAUCAUGACUCCAGCGGCUCCCUUCCAACUUUGUCUCUCGCAUCCACUUUUCCCGAAGAAGAUCCCAGAGUUCGAGAGCGGCUUCAAUCGCAGUCCACCAACGUCCCCAUACCACCUGUUCAGGAUUGCCCCGAGAUCCGCCAGCAGCGUCCUUCUGAGUUCGACACAAAUAUCAGAAUGGAGGUCAUGCAAGGUGUUGUGGACGCAGUCAACCGAUUCCAUGCCCUGGGCAAGGUUGAGCGUGACCUCGCUGGCGAAGAGAUCGAGAAGCUACAAGGCGAGCUCUGUCGCAACGAGAGGACUCUGGAGAUUGCCUAUCGAGAAUUGGACAAGAAGAAUGAGCUGUUGGCCGAGAGACGUGCACAGUUGAUCUAUCAAGAAGAACAGUUGACUGAGCAAGAAGAACAGUUGGCUGAGAAAGAUACAGUCGCUCGUGAGUGCAUGGCUGAAAGCAACCAGUGGAAAGAGAAGACACUCUCCGCUCUGCAGGAAAAGGACACCCUUCUCGCCGACAUCGCGUCUCUUCGCAGCAAGCUUGGCAAGUCGCAAAAGCUCACAGAGAACAUGUCAUCCAAGCUGCGUGAGUACAAGGCGAAGCUCAACGAAGCGAUUGACGAACAACAAGAUCUCUACCACAGAUCUCUCGCCUACUGCGAUUCAGCCACCAACACAAUCCAGCAAGAGAAGAAUGUCCGAGCAUCCAGCGCAAGCGAAGUUGUCAUGGCACUUGAGGCAAACCGCAACAAGCAGGUUGAGUUGCGGGAAGGCUACAAAACGGUCUGCGAAGAGCUUCAGCGAGAUGGCGAGAGAAAAGAAGAACAUAUUCAGCAGCUAGAGGCGGAUCUGGCGAACCAAGGAGCCGAGCUCACUCGAGAGAAGCAGUCUUCGGCCACACUUCGAUCCUGCAUCCAAGAGAAUUCCAACAUCGACCAAGUGAUGAAGCUUCUUCAGGACCAACACCAAUUGUUCCUUUCGAAGUUCGAUGCAAUCUCGACGUCCCUGUCAGAGAAUCGAAUCAAGGCAUCUGAUCUGAAGACGGCGGGCGACAAGUUCAAGGAUACCAUCCUUGCAAGCAUUCUGCCCGAGUUUCAGUCCCUGCAUGCUCAGCAAGUUGCAAUCAAUGACACUCUCGAGCAAGAGUUUGAACAAGAAGGUGUUUCCCUUGAGGAUCUCAGCGUGAAGUUCGAAGAGUUCGCGAAGAGAGCGGGGGAGGUCCAAGGUUUGCGAGAGUCCUUGGUCGUCGCUUUGCAAGACGCGGUCGAAAAGAGCGAUGCACUCCGCAAGAGCCAGGAUGAAGUGAUCGCGGCUCUCAGAAUCCAAGUCGAUGGCGUCAAUGGACAAGUGCCGGUACAGCAAAGCGUCAACACUACCCUCAACCAGAUGGCCGGCCCCGAUGGGACAUCGCACUCCAGUCGCACACUAAUCGGCGGCGCAGACCACGAUGUCGGUGACCCAGACUCUCAACCUCCUUACACUCCGACUCCGAACCCACGCGAUCGAAAGGUCAUUGUGAGCAGUCCCGAAAAAUACUCGGUGUCAGCAGGAAGGCCAAUAUCGGUUGCUGAAGAGCAAUCACGACGACGUGAUGCCAGUGCUCCACGUCCGCGUUCGGCUCUACGAAACUACGCUGGCGUGACGAAGCCUACAAACUCCCAGAGAGUCUCACCUAGCGCACCCUUCACUUCGUGGCAUGUGUAUGAAAGGAGACGGCGCAAUGGCAACAAUUGA